CGUUUGCCAGUCAAAGCUAUGUCUUUGCGCUCGCCGAUUUCGUAGGUUGCUGAAUUCUGCCUUUUUCCCCACGCUUGCCAUGGCGAGCCGAGGGGCCCGCCAGCGCCUGAAGGGAAGUGGGGGUGGUGUCGGGGACACGACCUCGGCGGCAGAAAAGCUGCGGGAGUUGCUGUGCAGCCGAGAAACUGGCGCCGCAGAGCGUCGGAGCGAUUUAUCUGGGAACAAAGCAGGACAAGUUUGGGCUCCUGAAGGAUCUACUGCUUUCAAGUGUCUGCUCUCAGCAAGGUUAUGUGCUGCUCUCCUGAGCAACAUCUCUGACUGUGAUGAAACAUUCAACUACUGGGAACCAACACACUACCUCAUUUAUGGGAAAGGGUUCCAGACUUGGGAAUAUUCCCCAGUUUAUGCCAUUCGUUCCUAUGCUUACCUGUUGCUUCAUGCCUGGCCAGCUGCAUUUCAUGCAAGAAUUCUACAAACUAAUAAGAUUCUUGUCUUUUACUUUUUGCGAUGUCUCCUGGCUUUUGUGAGCUGUAUUUGUGAACUUUACUUUUACAAGGCUGUGUGCAAGAAGUUUGGGCUGCAUGUGAGUCGAAUGAUGCUAGCCUUCUUAGUUCUCAGCACUGGCAUGUUUUGCUCAUCAUCAGCAUUUCUUCCUAGUAGCUUCUGCAUGUAUACUACAUUGAUAGCUAUGACUGGAUGGUAUAUGGACAAGACUUCCAUCGCUGUGCUGGGAGUAGCAUCUGGUGCUAUCUUAGGCUGGCCAUUCAGUGCGGCUCUUGGUUUACCUAUUGCCUUUGAUUUGCUGGUCAUGAAACACAGGUGGAAGAGUUUCUUUCACUGGUCACUGGUGGCCCUAAUACUCUUUCUGGUGCCUGUGGUGGUCAUUGACAGCUACUAUUAUGGGAAGUUGGUGAUUGCACCACUCAACAUUGUUUUGUAUAAUGUCUUUACUCCUCAUGGACCUGAUCUUUAUGGUACAGAACCUUGGUAUUUCUAUUUAAUUAAUGGAUUUCUGAAUUUCAAUGUAGCCUUUGCUUUGGCUCUUCUGGUCCUGCCACUGACUUCUCUUAUGGAAUACCUGCUGCAGAGAUUUCAUGUGCAGAAUUUAGGCCACCCAUAUUGGCUUACCUUGGCUCCAAUGUAUAUUUGGUUUAUAAUUUUCUUCAUCCAGCCUCACAAAGAGGAGAGAUUUCUUUUCCCUGUGUAUCCACUCAUAUGUCUCUGUGGUGCUGUGGCUCUUUCUGCACUUCAGAAAUGUUACCACUUUGUGUUUCAACGCUACCGCCUGGAGCAUUAUACCGUGACGUCCAAUUGGCUGGCAUUAGGAACGGUCUCCCUGUUUGGGCUCUUAUCCUUUUCUCGCUCUGUGGCGCUAUUCAGGGGAUAUCAUGGGCCCCUUGAUUUGUAUCCAGAAUUUUACCGAAUUGCUACAGACCCAACCAUCCACACUGUCCCAGAAGGCAGACCUGUGAAUGUCUGCGUAGGGAAAGAGUGGUAUCGAUUCCCCAGCAGCUUCCUUCUGCCUGAUAAUUGGCAGCUUCAGUUCAUUCCAUCAGAGUUCACAGGCCAAUUACCAAAACCUUUUGCCGAGGGACCAUUGGCCACCCGCAUCAUUCCCACUGACAUGAAUGACCAGAACCUUGAAGAGCCAUCCAGAUACGUUGACAUCAAUAAAUGCCAUUAUUUAGUGGAUUUGGACACUAUGAGAGAAACACUCCGGGAGCCAAAGUAUUCAUCCAACAGAGAAGAAUGGAUCUGCCUGGCCUACAGACCAUUCCUUGAUGCUUCUAGAUCUUCAAAGCUGCUGCGGGCGUUCUAUGUUCCCUUCUUGUCAGAGCAGUAUACAGUGUUUGCAAACUAUUCCAUCCUCAAACCCCGGAAAGCAAAGCAAAUCAGGAAGAAAAGUGGAGACCGGAGAAGAGCAGAAUCCACUCACAGGAAGAAUUGACAAUCCCUGGAAUGGAUGGCUGUGUUAAGCUGUUCUCCACUCUGGCCUGGCAUCAGGGAACUAGAAAGUCUCUCUUUGGCCAUAUGGGCUUCUCCACCAAAGCUGUUUGGCAGCUCCUAGCAGACCUUCUUGUUCAAAUGCUAGUGCUGAAAAUGAGUGCAGCCUAGUUGCCAACCCACAUAUCCAUUUCACCUGCAGCAUAACUAAGCUUCU